GACCGGAGGACGAGGAAGCGGCCCGGCCGAGGGCGCGGGGCGCCGGCCUCCCGAGGCGAGGGGCGGCGGGUGCAUGGCGCAGUGACGGCCCUUGCGGCUCCGCCCGCUCCCCGGCCCCAGGCGAGGCCGUCCGGCCGCCACCCCUCCUGCUCGGCCGCCGCCUCCACCGCCGCCGCCGCCGCCGCCGCCAUGGCCAAUGACAGCGGCGGGCCCGGCGGGCCGAGCCCGAGCGAGCGAGACCGGCAGUACUGCGAGCUGUGCGGGAAGAUGGAGAACCUGCUGCGCUGCAGCCGCUGCCGCAGCUCCUUCUACUGCAGCAAGGAGCACCAGCGCCAGGACUGGAAGAAGCACAAGCUCGUGUGCCAGGGCGGCGAGGGCGCCCUCGCCUCCGGAGCGGGCCAGCCCCAGCAUCCCGGCCCCGCGCCGCCGCCCAGGGCCGCCGGGGCCGAGGCCAGGAAGGCGGCGCCGCGCCGGGACAGAGCCGCCGCCGCCGAGGCCGCGGGCCCGCGGGUCGCCGGAGACGCGGCCAAGGCGAAGGCGAAGGCCAAGCCGGCGGCCGACCCCGCGGCGGCCGCGUCCCCGCCUUGCGCGGCGCCCGGCGGCCAGGGCCCGGCGGCGGCGACCGCCGCCGAGGCGGAGCCCGCGAAGGAGGAGCCGCUGGCCCGCUCGUCGCUGUACCAGGAGAAGGCGAACCUGUACCCGCCGAGCAGCGCGCCGGGCGAGGCGCUGAGCCCCGGCGGCGGCCUGCGGCCCAACGGGCAGACGAAGCCGCUGCCGGCGCUGAAGCUGGCGCUGGAGUACAUCGUGCCCUGCAUGAACAAGCACGGCAUCUGCGUGGUGGACGACUUCUUGGGCAAGGAGACCGGGCAGCAGAUCGGCGACGAGGUGCGCGCCCUGCACGACACCGGCAAGUUCACGGACGGGCAGCUGGUCAGCCAGAAGAGCGACUCGUCCAAGGACAUCCGAGGCGAUAAGAUCACCUGGAUCGAGGGCAAGGAGCCCGGCUGCGAAACCAUCGGGCUGCUCAUGAGCAGCAUGGACGACCUGAUCCGCCACUGUAACGGGAAGCUGGGCAACUACAAGAUCAAUGGCCGGACGAAAGCCAUGGUUGCUUGUUACCCAGGCAACGGAACGGGCUACGUGCGUCAUGUCGAUAAUCCAAACGGAGACGGGAGAUGUGUGACAUGUAUAUAUUAUCUUAAUAAAGACUGGGAUGCCAAGGUAAGUGGAGGUAUACUUCGAAUUUUCCCAGAAGGCAAGGCCCAGUUUGCUGACAUUGAACCCAGGUUUGAUAGACUGCUGUUUUUCUGGUCCGACCGUCGCAACCCUCAUGAAGUACAACCAGCAUACGCUACAAGCGAACACUGGCCAGAAGCCGCAGGACACUCUGACCGAUUGCUACGUUCUACUCAGGAGCUGAUCAUUUGUAGCAUGCUUUCACUUCCUGUGGUACGCAAUAACUGUUUGGUAUUUUGAUGCAGAUGAGAGAGCACGAGCUAAAGUAAAAUAUCUAACAGGUGAAAAAGGUGUGAGGGUUGAACUCAAUAAACCUUCUGAUUCAAUUAGUAAAGAUGUCUUAUAGAGCCUUUGAUCCAGCAAUACCCCACUUCAUCUACAGUAAUUAUUGACGCUAUUUGUUAACUUGUGAAUACGAAUAAAUGGGACAAAGAAAAUAGACCACCAGUUGGCAAUUUAAGGAAACAGAAACAACUUUUUUGUGUUGCAUCAAAACGAAGAUCUUGACUGUGUGGCUUUGUACUGCAUGAUUGACUCCAAACCUGCGAUGGGAGGGAUAUAAGUUAUCAGCUGAAAGUGGCAUUUACAUCCGGACAUGAAAUAAGUGCCCUAGGUAGAAGUUUUUCAUUCUUAUAUUUUGCCAGAUCUGUCAUCUAGCUGACUUCAUUUCAUCUCUCCCUUUUUUAUAUAGUCAAGUUUGAAUUUGAAGUAAUUUUUGUAUGAUCAGGUACAAUUUAUCAAAACUGAAUUGAGAAAAAAAUUACAGUAUUAUUCCCCAAAAUAGCAUCAAUCUAUUUUUGUAAACCUCUUCGUACUAUUAAAUUUUGCCGUAAAAGGCCUCUUACAAUGAUUGUUGCCAGUGACUAAUGAUUACUUUAAUUUUCUUUUUACUUAAAAUAAGAAAAGGAGCACUUUAAUCACCAACUGAAAAAUCAGAUUGUUUUGUAGUCCUGUCUUACACUAAUUUGAACUCUUAAAAAUUGCUGCUGUUGUUUUUCUGACAUUGUUAAUAGUGAAACAUAACAGUAAAACCAUCACCGUUGACUACCAAUAACUUUUAGUUCAUGUUUUGUAAGAAAAAAUACACAGUAAAAAGGUUUUAUCUUGUAAGUUACAUUUAAAAAAAACUAAAGUGACUGGCACUAAAUGAACUUGAGGCGAUCCUCAGCAUCAAGUUCCCAAGAUAAAGGGCUUUCUUAUGCUUUCAGGUAUAUAUAUCCUAUAGAUGUAGAAGAUACUGUCCCCUUUGCUAAGACUUUUCCUUUUGCUUCCCGUCAGGUUGAUUGUACUUUCGAUUUUGCUGUUACGUUUUCUUCCUACUCCUGUGCCCAUCUGGUCAGCAGGUCAGAACCUCGUUCCUGUUGGGUAGCGUCAAGGGGAGACUGUGUGUAUCCAGACUGCACGGUGUCGUUACAGACUUAACGUUAGUGACGCCCCAGACCACUGCUGACGCACUCCCCAGACACAGCGCUCUUCGUCAGUACCGAAAGAUGGAUGUUUAGCUUCAAAACACAAAACACGAAGCAAAAAAACAGACACUUUUAUGUUUUAUGAGUUUGCUUUUUUACUUUUCAGGAAAAAAAGAGGGAAUACUACAAAAUCACACAAGGCCUCCCAGACUUCUGUUAUUUAACACCUGAAUUAGGACGGGUGUCUUAGACUUCAGUUUCCUAGGCUCUUCAGCAAAGCCCAAAGGGUGGUAUCUGUAUUUUGCAUGAAUUAUGGGUGUAAGACCUUGCCCACUUCAGUUUUCCAUCUCUAUCCUUGAUCUUCUUUGCCAAAAUAAUGUGAGUGUACAGAAAUAUUUCUGUAUAUUUCAACCUAUGACAGUUUUAGCAUCUGUAUAGUUUGUACUCAGUUAGAGACCUUUUCUAUGGAAAGCUCAGUAAUUUUUAUUAAAAGAUUGCUAUUGUUCAUGUAAAACAUGAAAAAAAAAUUGUUUAGUGAACUGACAGUGUGGACUUAGGGUGGGAUUAAAUAUUCAGUAUUGUGAUCCCACUUCCGGAGAACUUGCAGGAGACAAUUACAGUUGACUGUUGUUUCUCCUCACCCGUGCGCAGUUUCGUUCCACUUCCUCUCCUAGUUCCAUAUAAUACAGCGGAACGUCUCAACAGUAAGUGCCUCUGCCCCCUGCCCUCCACCCUCCCCGAGCGCAAGUUGUCUUUGCCAACUGGCCUGCAGUGCAGGGCGCUGCCUGAGGCCACAACUCAAAAGCGCUGUUAUUUUUAGGUCUAGUAGAAAUCGUACGAUGUGGAUGGGAGGCUUGUCUGUGAAGGUGUACAGCAACGGCCUUUUAAUCUGGGAGCCCCUGUGUCAUUCAGAUGUGUUCCUCUGCAGUUGUGCAAAGUGUCAGAUUCUACUACCUGUGGGUUUUGCUCGCCAGACAGGUUUUAAGUUUUGGGUUUUUUGGUUUUUUUUUUUGGAAAAGUUUAUAUAAGUUCUUGGAGAUUGUUGUGAAAGGAUCGAGAAAUCGGGAUAGCCAUUCCUUUAAUAUCCAUUUAAAAUCUGUUCAUUUCAUGUUAGUGGGACCGUUAACUUGUCACCAAGCAGGACUCUAUAUAAGACAAAAUUUAAAACUUUUUGUGGCCUAUAUGUGUUUAAUCCUGGUUAAAGAUAGAGCUUCUAAUGCUGUUUUUAUUCACCGUAUUAACCAGCCGUAAAACACAGACCUUUAUCAACAGCAGGCAAAGAAUUUGAGGAUUCAUCUACAGAUAGACUAUAAAGUCAUGUAAUUUGAAAAGCGGCAUUUCAUUAUGAAAAAGCUCUCAAGAUGCUUGUAAAGCUAAUCUAAUUAAAAAGAUGUAUAAAUGUUCUUGAAAAAA